AUGGAAACCUUGUAUCCAGCUUCAUUCAUGUCACAACAAAGGAAAAGCACAAUAUGGACAAGAGAAGAGAACAAGAAAUUCGAGCGUGCUAUUGUAAUUUAUGAUGAAAAUACCCCCUACAGAUGGGAUAAGGUGGCAUCCAUGAUCCCAGGCAAAUCAGUGAUUGAUGUGAUGAACCAGUACAGGGAACUGGUGAAAGAUAUUAGUAAUAUUGAAGCUGGUUUGGUCCCGAUUCCAGGAUACUUGGCCGCUUCUUUCACAUUUGGAUUGGGAGAAAAUCGCAGUUUUGAUGCUUAUAGGAAGAGAGGAAGGUCUUGCGAUCAAGAAAGAAAGAAAGGUGUACCAUGGACUGAGGAGGAACACAGGCGUUUCCUGCUGGGACUUGAAAGACACGGAAAAGGUGACUGGAGAAAUAUAUCGCGCAAUUUUGUGAUCUCCAAAACACCUACUCAAGUUGCCAGCCAUGCUCAAAAGUACUUUCUAAGGCAGCUUACUGGAGGCAAAGAUAAGAGGCGUCCAAGCAUCCAUGAUAUCACACCACUUACUACUACGACUACUUGGUCAGAAUCAAUUGAAAAAAAACCCAGCUCAACCACUGCUACAAAUAAUGGCGCUUUAUGGGUUUUAGACUCCAUUGCAUAUCCACAAAAUAUUGCAAGAUUUCAUGGAAGACCUGUUUACUAG